AUGUCUACCACCACUAUGGUUUCGGAGUCUCAGACUCCGUCUAACCGUGCGGGACGACUCCGCCGUCUUAGCCAACUGCGCGCCUAUACGCAGAGUCAUCUCAUUCCAUCCUCCUCGUCUUCCUCCACCGCUGCGACCUCGCCCCCAUCCGCAGCUAACCAGCGGCGCCAUCGCAACAGCCUCAGUCGCGUGGUAUCUUUAUCCUCCCCAUUCCAUAUUUCUACUGCCGCCGACUCGAUACAGCCGCUGGCGGCGUCUGAGUCUUCUCUCUCGCCCGAGCGCGAGGCUCACCAAACCGACAACAGUGUCAGUUCCGACUCGGAUCCCCGAGAGCAAUCGGCUUCGUCCGCCUCGUCACGAUCGCUUCCAUCAUCGCACGAGGGAUCUGCCCAGGCGGCUGGUUCUGGAUCGCAGACUAUGGCGGUGGAUAACUGUGCCCCUCUUAACGGGCAGGAUAGCAGUGCUCCUGCGGCAACAACAGAUGUCGGUAUCGUUAAUGAGAACAAUAACGGCAGUGCUGCCAACAAGAAACCAAAGAUGAAUAAUACUAUUCGAUUUUUCGCCUAUCAGGAUACUCAUCAUUCGUCCCGUCCGUCUCUACAAUUCUCUCCCAUGACCCGCACCCUACCCUCCGAAGACUGCAUCAUCCGUGUCGGACGAUACUCUGAGCGUGACGGCGUUCCCAUCGCCAACCCAUCAGAACCAUCCGAUGCCCCGAUAGGAUUCAAGUCAAAGGUCGUCAGUCGAAAACACUGCGAGUUUUCUAUGGUGAACGGGCAGUGGCACAUCAAAGAUGUCGGUAGUUCAUCAGGUACCUUCCUCAACCGGACUCGGCUGAGUCAGCCGAAUAUGGCCUCCAGAUUAUACGCUGUUCGAGAUGGGGAUAUCGUACAACUGGGAAUCGAUUUUAGAGGUGGCGAGGAGAUGAUUUUCCGAUGCGUACGGAUACGGAUUGAGUGCAAUCGCACAUGGCAGCAGAGGCCGAAUGAGUUCAAUAAAAAUACGGAGUCUUUGAUCAAUAACUUAGGAAAGGGAAAAGCGGCUUCGGAUUUUGAAGGUUGUCGGGAAUGUUCUAUUUGCUUGGGCUCUGUUUUGCGACCCUACCAAUGCCUGUUCAUGGCAGCUUGCGCACACGUUUGGCACUACAAGUGCAUUCGCCGGCUGAUACACACCCCGGAAUACCCGAUGUUUCAAUGUCCCAAUUGCCGUGCAUGGACCGAUCUCAGUGCUGAAGUAGACGAUUCAAUGGAGUUCGACGAGGAAUCAGCAAAGGAAGAUGCCGACAGUACUGAGAUCAAGCAGGACGCUGCUGGCGCAGUAACCGGCGAUGCGACACAUGAUGCCAACGCUGAUGCUCCUGGAGAGCAGGCAACUGUACACGCAAAUGGUGAAAAUGCAGCCAACGACCGGGAACUCGCCGCGAUUGCCGAGAAUUUGCAUCUGGGAGAAGAGAGGAAUACGCCCAUGCAAGAUGCCGAGAAUCCUGAUGGUGCGGAUGUCACAACCCGGGGACCUGUUAGUAGUAACAGCCAGUCUGCCAACAUACCAAUCCCCAACGGAUCUUCCUCACAUGGAAAUCAAUCCAAUUCUCGCUCGGACACGCCAGCCAAUCACGAGACGUUUGAAGACGACCCAAUGACCCCUCGAAAUGAUUCCGGUCCUCUUGCUCUCGACGGCCGAGCCGGCCAUCUAUAA